AUAUAUGAGUGGACCAGGGUGCAUCAUGGGGGAGUACGCAACGUAACGGGGGCGAAUGUUGGAAGCAUAGGAAGCAAAUACCACACAACACCCACAAACCCAAACUUCAAAAUGGCGGCACCGUAAUCACCCAUUCUUGAGAACUCUACCAUCACCACCCCACCCCCACCCUACCAUAUAUACCAGAACAAGGAAGAAAAGGAGGAACUUUUCUUGCACAAGGGUUUUGAGGUUUGGGUUUUGUGGGUUACAGUAAGAAGAGAAGCUAGCGGACAAGAAGAAUGAGGAAUGGAAGUGAAAGAAAAUCGUCGUCGCCAUCGAUGCUAGAUUGUGAUGUUGGGUUGGGUUUGAAGAUGCAGUUGCCGCCCAGUGAAUCGUAUUCCUGUAAGAAGGGCAUGGCUCUGAAUCUUUGCGAUUAUCAGCGGCAGCUUGCUUGUUCUCGGAGAAAUGCUAACCUUACCAGCUAUGCAGGUGAUGGAGGUGGUAGCGGUGGGCCCACUUUUGGUAACGCGGGCAACCAGGUGGCGUGUUUCGGUGAUCUCUAUGGGGCUGCUGACACUCUCUCCCUGCCAAGGAUUUCUCACAGCACUGCUCUUGGAGCUUCUGGAGGAAGCAUGGCUGUGUCUGGAAAAGCUCUUUUCACAGCCUCACAGUGGCAAGAACUGGAGAGACAGAAAGUUAUACACAAGUACAUAAUGGCCUCAAUCCCAGUUCCUCCUCAGCUCCUCCUACCUACCUCCUCCACAAGUUCACCUCUUCCUUCACUCUCCCAAUCUAACACAUCUGGUCUGGAUUUGAGGUUCUCAUCAAACGGGUCGGAUCCGGAGCCAUGGAGAUGCAAGAGAACAGAUGGGAAGAAAUGGAGGUGCUCAAGAGACGUUGCGCCUGAUCAAAAAUACUGCGAGCGCCACGCCCACAAGAGCAGACCCCGUUCAAGAAAGCAUGUGGAAGUUUCAGCCCACAACCCUUCUUCUCAACAACAACCUCUCAUCCUUCCAGCUACGAGUACUACUACUCCUCCCCUUACACAGCCCCUUCAGACCUCAACUCCUCAGUUCCCAACAAUGGCUUCUACUGCAUCAUUUGACAAAACCAGGUGCGUUGAGUGGUUCAUGAGAGGUGGCAGCAGCAGCAGCAGCAGAGACACCGUCCCUGUCUCCACUUGCAACCAGCAACAACAGCAGCAAUGGCAGCAACUGAUUCAGACAUCAUCAUCAUCGUCAUCAUCAUCAAGGUUGGAGUUGAACAGAGACAACACAGACCAUGCCAAGAAUGUCUCCUUGUAUCAAUACGAGGGUAAUAAGCAAGGUUUUAUGAGCUUGAAUCAUUACAUCCCAGAUACCAUCAGCCUCCAGAGGUUGGAACAUCAUCAGCAUCAGCAGCAUCAGCUCAGCAGUUCAUUUCUUGAUUCAAAAAUGGGCUCUUUGCAAGAAAGCUGCCUCUCUCUAAACACUGAUCAGGGAGCACAGACAACAACAAGACACUUCAUUGAUGCUUUGAGCAAGAAGUUCUCACCGUCUGCUCUCAGUCUAUCAAUGUCCGGUGGGAAUGGAGCUGAUGGUGACAAUGAAAACAGUGAUUUGGGAAAUGUUGGGAUGAUGAUGAAUUCAGACAGAGAUAGUGAUGGGGUUUUGAAAUCUCAGUGGCUGAGUUCUGCUUCUUGGAUGAACUCACCGCCUGGUGGACCAUUGGGUGAGGCGCUGUGCCUUGGGAAUGCUAGUGGGACAAGAGCUGGUGGUUCGAAUUUGCCGUCACCUCAUGGCUAUAGCAACAGCAAUACUAAUAGCAGCUGCAGUAAAAGCUCUUGUGAAGAUGGCAGCCAUGCACUCAAUUUCAUUGGGUGACAGCUGAUAUUAAAUUUAAAUUGUUGCUUUUUUUUUUGGUUUGUUUUUCAUUUUUUAUGGGUUUUUUGCCAUUCAAGGGUUGAACUUGAGCAAAGAGAUGUGCAGCAAACGUGGCCUGAGAUUUUCCUUUUUUAUGUUCAUCUUUAAUUUGGUUCA